CUCUAGAGACAGAUGCCAAGACAAGAACAUUACAAGAUAUGAAGAUCCCAGAGAAACUGAAGAUGGUGCUUCUUUUUGCACUCUUCAUCCUAUGUCCGAAGACAUGCUAUGUUUGUUCUUGGCUUGCUGAAAAAUGUCACUUCUUCAGUGAUGUGGAAGGGCUUAACAUUGCGUCAUUUUAUCAUGGAAAAACAAGCAUUGCUGAAUGCCUGAGUGUCACGGACAUUAAAGAAGACCUUCGAGGACUUCCAACAAACCUACUAAAUCUCCUUGUUCAGAUGGAUCUACACUUUCAUGGUGUCCUGGCUCCAAACUCAUUCUCACGUUUUGGUUCUUUGGAAAAUCUUAAAAUUGCUGGAUGUUUUUCAGAGAUCCCUCCAGAAGCUUUUAAUGGAUUGACGAAUGUAACUUCACUAACAAUAACUGCCCUCGAUUCAAAAAACUGCUGUGAGGUAGCUCUUGAUUUCAGUCACCUUCCAUCACUUACCAGUCUGUUUAUUUCACACCAUGAUUUAUCUUUAUUGGCACUGAAUGUUUUUGAAAAGAUUCCUCACUUGCAAUGGUUAUAUUUAGACAGUGUGUGCUUGAAGGAUUUAUCUGAUGUUUUGUGUCGGUUAGCAAAUGUUAAAUUAUUGAAGCUGUUUAGUCUAGAUGACUGGAACAUAAGGCUUCAGUACCAAAACUGCUCAGUUUUCAACACCACAGACAUAUCGACUGAGUUUAGUAUUGAAACGGUGGAUUUGCUUUUGGGAAAACUAGAGCAUAUAGAUGAGGGAGCUUUUAAACCUUUUGGAAAGCUCUCUCUCUUACAUUUUUCUGUUUCAAACACAGAUUUUCUAGAAGAUCUUUCUUUAAUUGGAGUACAUCAAAUUAGUAAAAUAUCUGCCAUAGUGGAUGUACUUAAUGUUGACGAUUUGUGUGUAGCAGCAAAGUUAUAUUCAGUUAAGUCUGUAGAUGUUUAUUAUAAGACAAUUAACUUGUCACUGACCUCUAAAGGCUCAGUUGGCUGUAAAGAAAUUGGUUACAUUACACUAGAAAAUGACAUAUCUAGAGAGAUUGUCAACCUCUUAGAUGUAAAUUCUGUCUUUCAGAUUUUCAGUAACCUCACUUCUGCUGCUAUAUAUAGGCAUGUGCUCAGAUCAAAUGAUUUUCAAUCUCUCUGUGCUUCAUAUCCACAGAACGUCAAACAGCUUAUUAAUAUGGUGCUACAAACAAUUAGGAUAGAUAAGAUAGUUUCUCAUCAAUUUAUGUGUUUUGUAAAUCUUAAAACUUUGAAGUUAGUAAUGAGUAAAAUUUCUGUCUUCGAAGAUUUUGCUUUCAUUGGAUUGAACAAGCUGAAAGAGUUAAACCUCCACAGAAACAAAAUAUCUUCUAUUCAUCGACACACAUUCAGUGGCUUACAUGAACUGAGGGUUCUGGAUCUCCAAGAAAAUCCAAUAAUUUACAUUGAGCCAAAAUCAUUUGGACAUUUUACUAACCUUAGCUCAUUUCUGUUGGGAGAUCUGAACUUCCCUCCUAACAUGUCACUGAUCAAGCUGCAUUUAUCUGAUAUAUUUGGAGUAAUCCCAUAUAAUUUGAGUAAUGUUUUCAUUAGUUCAGGACUGAGACCAAUGCAUCUUGUGAUUGGGAGUAAUACUACACUGAAUAAUGGGCUAAACUUGCACAUCAAAGGUCAAUAUGUGAUUGUUGAGGACUGCAAUAGUUUACUUUUAACAUCUGUAUUCACACUUCAGAUACAAGCAGCAUAUAUGAUCUGUGAAAAUGAAUUCAUUGGGAAAUAUGUGCCAUCAGUCGUCAGUCUGGAAUUUCAGUCAAUGUUCUCUGACAACAUUGGAGACUUGUCUGUAAUCAAUCAGCUUGUUCAUUUAAAAACUCUAAAACUGGAAAAACUUGAUUUAACAAAUCUACCAAACAUGGACAUAAUGUUUCACAAUCUGACAAAACUGGAGACUCUGAUUCUGGCAAACUGCAAAUUAUUCUUUCUGGAUGGAAGUCUGACCAAAGACUUAAAGGCACUGACAAAACUAGGACUAAUCCCAAAAGAUACUGUUAACAUUCUACAAACUUUUGUGGAUCAUCUCACUCAAUUGAGGUUUGUUUAUUUGGAAGACUUGGAUCUGUACUGCAGUUGUGAUAAUGCAUGGCUGGUCUCAUGGAUAAGGGACAACAGGAAGGUGGAGGUUGUCAUGUCAAACCCCUCCAUGCAAGAUUUGAAGUGCUUGACUGACAAUGAAGUUGACCACAUUAGUUUUGUCAGCUAUGUCACGGAGAACUGCUCAUUUGACCUUGACUUUGUGUUCUUUGCCUGUUCUUCUGUGUUUUUGUGCAUCUUUAUUGUUGUGGUAUUGAUGUAUAAGUUUGUUGGCCAGUACUUCAAGCCGUUCUAUCACAUCGCCAGUGGAUGGUUUCGAGAGGCUUUCCGUAUGAAGGAGAAACAGCAGUACCGCUAUGAUGCUUUUGUGUCUUACAGCAGCAAGGAUGAGCACUGGGUCAUAGAGGAACUUCUUCCAAACCUAGAACAGCGUGGACCUCCAUUUCUGCGUCUCUGUCUGCACAGUCGAGACUUUCAGCUGGGACACGACAUUGUGGAAAACAUCACAGACAGCAUCUACGCAAGUCGCCGAACUCUUUGUCUCGUCAGUCGCAACUACCUCAAUAGCAACUGGUGCUCAGUGGAGAUGCAGCUGGCCACCUACCGGCUCCAGGUAGAACACAGAGACAUUCUUAUCCUGGUCUUCCUAGAAACCAUUCCAUCUCGCUUGCUUUCCUCCCAUCACAGACUGGCCCGGCUGGUAAAAACUAGGACCUAUCUGGACUGGCCACAGGAGUCGAAGAUGCAUGAAGCAUUCUGGGACAGGUUGUGGUGUAAACUGAGCUCUAAUAAAGCCAACUAGACUUUC